AAAUGACUAUCCUUGAUUUGAUUUGGGAUUAAAGCAAUAAGCCUUAUGAUCAUUAAUUUUCUGUAGAACUUGAAAAAGUAGUUAAAUUAUUUAUAUUUAGAGAUUCGAGUUAGUUUCGAUAGGGAUUUUUGUUGUCAAUGUGAUAUUAAGUAUUAUAAUUUAAACUUUAUAACGACGAAGAAUGUACCAAAAGAUUAAUUAGAUUAAUAAUACUUCAAAUUCAGUUUUUGAUGAUAGUUUCUAAUGUAAGAAAAUUUUAAAUUUUAAGUAUUUUCUUUAGAAAAAAAAAAAUUAGUUAUUGCUUUGGAAAUAAUUAAUAUUGUUUUAUUCUGGUUUUUAAUAAUGUCAUUAACUUCAGUUCUGAUAGGCUAUUCAGUUUUUAAUUUAAUUAAUAUUUGGUUGUGUGGAUUCUCUAUAUUUUUGUUAGGAAUAUUUGGGAUUUUAAUAUAAAUUGGUAGAUCUUCAAAGUUUUGGGAAAGUAAAUUUAAAACAAUUAAAAAUAUUAGAUUAGUCAUUUAAAAAAAGAUAUAUAAAUGCCGCACUUUAUUUUAAAUACAUUUUAGUAUUUCAAUUUAUUUCUGUUAUUUUUUUUUCAAUAUUCCUUCCGAUUGCUUUUCAAAAAGGAUGUCUAUGCGUAUAUAAUAGGGCAUAUGGGCUAGAUACCUUAUUUGAUCAAUAGUUUUCAACAGAAUGGACAAGAUCUCGAUGGUUGCCGGAUCGUGUAUGCCCUAAGGGAACUUUAUGUCAUAUAUAUGCUACAUUACCUGAGGAAACAUCGAAAGAAGUUUUUAUUAAUGUGCAUUCUGGAAGUGAUAUUGAAGAGUUGAAUGCAGAAGUUAAGUUUAAGGAAGAUAAAAUAAAUUUGAAAUGUGAUAAGAUACCAUUUCCCUCUUCUAUUGAAGAUAGAGGAUAAAGAAAUGUUUUUACAUGUUUUUUGACAGAUCUUAAACCCUAUACUCUUUAUGAUAUAGAUUUAAUCUAUUAAAACAAUGUCUUAAAUUCUACUAAAUACAGAACAAUAGCAGAAUAAAAUUCAAAUGAAGAUUUGAUUAUUUUAUUUGGAGGUGAUUGGGGUUAUUAAACAAAUGGAUUAAAAAUUGUUGAAUAAAUUAGUAAAGUAGAUCCAGAUGCUAUAUUGAUUGGAGGAGAUAUUGCUUAUGAUAAUGGUAAUAUUCAUUGUUAUUACUCAUUUGAUUUAUUAUUCUCAGCUUUUGAAUAACAAUAUCAAAAGGUUUAAAGAUUGAUUCCAUUCAUCUUUUCAGUUGGUAAUCAUGAUGUUGGAUUUGAUGACUAUUCUAAGUAUAAUCUAACAGUAUCUGAUGAAAAAGGACCUCUUUAUUUUACAUUUUUCCCUUAAAAAAAGUCUAUUAAUAAUACUGUUCUUCCAGUUAAAGAUAGAGUUACCUACAAUAUUUAAAAAAUGCAAAAUAUCUUACUCUUUGGUUUAGAUUCAGGUUAUUUAUAUCCUCAUAAUGGAAUUUAGUAUGAAUGGAUGAAAUCAAUUUUAAAUAAUUAAUCUUAUACAUAAUUGAGUAAAUUUGCUCAUUAUCAUGUACCUAUUUAUCCAACUUGUCAUUUCGAUGAUUCUUUUAUAAAUUCUUCUAUUAAUAAUGUUCAAGCAAGAGCUUUUUGGGUUCCUUUAUUUGAUUAGUUUGACUUUGUGGGUGCUUUUGAAAAUCAUGUUCAUUAAUAUAAAAGAACCUUUCCUUUAAAAGGUAACAAAAGAUCUGAAAAUGGAACUGUUUAUUUUGGUGAUGGUUCUAUGGGAGUCUUAAGUUUUACUUGUCCUGAGGUAUCUAAGACGUAUUUACCAAAUAAACCAUUUGAAAAUAUGUUCGAAACAGUAAACACAAAAGAUUGCGAUCAUUUUUGGGUAUUAAAAUCGUAUGGUAAAAAUCAUACAAUAGAAUUUAAUGCAUUUUAACCAGAUUAUACAUUUAUUUAAAAUAGUACAUAUAAAAAAGAAAAAAAAGUUAAAUAAGAUUUGUGA